GUGAUGCCCAAGGUGGCAGAUCAGUGGUUCCCAUACCAGUGAAAGACAAAAUGAGAGGCACCUGGAGCGGAGGAGCCUGACCACGGGGGAGGCGCCUGAAGUUGGAGGUGCCUGGUCCUUGAAAUACUGGAGGCCUGAGUUGUGUUGAAGCUCUUAGGGUUGCUCUCCCCGCUGCCUGUUCCUGCUAUCGUCCUGUGAUCUUCAAUAAACAUAACUACUUACUACUUACUACAAGAAGUCAGCAGUCAUUCCAGUUGCUUCCCUUCGUAUGUAAUAAUUAUUUUUCCUGACUGGUUGAUUUAAAGAGCUUCUGUCAUUGGUCUUCUGCAGUCUCAUUCUGGUGUUUACAGUGAUUUAAGUCUUUGAGAUGUUCCCAUUAACUGGAAAGACAAUCAUCUUUGAUCAUUUUCCUGAUCCUUCUGAUACAUGGGAAAUAACUGAAACAAUUGGCAAAGGAACUUACGGGAGAGUUUUUAAAGUACUGAAUAAGAAAAAUGGCCAAAAAGCAGCAGUCAAAAUUCUGGAUCCAGUUCACGAUAUUGAUGCAGAGAUUGAAGCAGAGUAUAACAUUCUAAAAGCACUUUCUGACCACCCUAAUGUGGUCAAAUUCUAUGGGAUUUACUUUAAGAAGGAUCAAAUAAAUGGAGAUAAGCUGUGGCUGGUUCUUGAGCUGUGUAAUGGCGGCUCAGUGACUGACCUUGUGAAAGGCUUUCUGAAGAGGGGAGAAAGAUUGAGUGAGCUUAUAAUUGCCUAUAUUUUACAUGAAGCGCUAAUGGGCCUUCAACAUUUGCAUAACAACAAAACUAUCCACCGCGAUGUGAAAGGAAAUAAUAUUCUAUUGACCACUGAGGGUGGAGUCAAGCUAGUAGAUUUUGGUGUGUCCGCCCAGCUUCCCAGCACCCGGCACGGCCGCAGCACCUCCGUGGGGACGCCCUUCUGGAUGGCUCCUGAGGUGAUCGCCUGCGAACAGCAGUUAGAUACCACUUAUGACGCCAGAUGUGACACCUGGUCCCUGGGAAUCACUGCCAUUGAGCUGGGCGACGGAGACCCUCCACUGGCAGACCUGCACCCCAUGAGGGCACUCUUCAAAAUACCAAGGAACCCACCCCCUCAGCUAAGGCAGCCCGAACUGUGGUCAGCAGAUUUCAACGACUUCAUUAGCAAAUGUUUGACUAAAGAUUAUGAAAAGCGCCCAACAGUAUCGGAUCUUUUACAGCAUAAAUUUAUUACUCAAAUUGAGGGCAAAGAAGUAAUGUUACAAAAACAGCUCAUGGAAUUCAUUGACAUCCACCACUGCAUGGGAAGCACAGAGAAGCCCAGGCACGAACGUAUUCAUACCAAGAGAGGUAACUUGAACAGAUCUUUAAUUUCCAUUCCAAAGGAUGUAGAUGAUCUAGCAACCCUAGACAUUUUGGAUGAGCAUACAGUCUCAGAGCAGCUUGAGAAAUGUUAUUCCAAAGAUCAGAUCUACAUCUAUGUGGGAGAUAUACUCAUUGCUCUUAACCCUUUUCAGAGUCUGGGUCUGUAUUCCACAAAGCAUUCCAGACUGUAUACUGGAGCCAAGAGAACUGCCCAUCCCCCUCACAUUUUUGCAGUGGCGGACUCAGGGUAUCAGUCUAUGGUCACUUAUGACUCAGACCAGUGCAUCGUUAUUUCUGGGGAAAGUGGUGCUGGAAAGACCGAAAGUGCUCAUCUUUUAGUUCAGCAGCUGACAGUGCUUGGAAAGGCUAAUAACAGAACCCUGCAAGAGAAGAUUUUACAAGUGAGCAAUUUGCUAGAAGCCUUUGGCAAUGCCUGCACUAUUAUAAAUGACAAUUCUAGCCGAUUUGGGAAAUACUUAGAAAUGAAAUUUACCUCUUCUGGAGCUGUAGUGGGUGCACAAAUUUCUGAAUAUCUUCUGGAGAAAUCCCGAGUUAUCCACCAAGCUACUGGAGAAAAAAACUUUCAUAUUUUUUACUACAUUUAUGCUGGUUUAGCUGAAAAGAAGAAACUAGCCCUUUACAAGUUGCCUGAGAAUCUGCCUCCCAGGUACCUACAAAAUGACCACCUCAGAACAGUUCGGGAUAUGAUGAAUAACAGAUUUUAUAAAGCCCAGUAUGAGUUGAUUGAGCAGUGUUUCAAAGUCAUAGGCUUUACAAUGGAGCAACUGGGAAGUGUGUACAGUAUACUUGCUGCAAUCCUAAAUGUUGGAAACAUCGAAUUUUCUUCUGUGGCAACUGAACACCAGAUUGACAAGAGCUACAUUUGCAAUCAUGCAGCGCUGGAGAAUUCUGCUUCCUUGCUUUGCAUUCAGGCAGAUGAGUUACAAGAAGCUCUCACCUCCCACUGUGUGGUCGCUAGAGGAGAAACAAUUAUACGACCCAACACUGUAGAAAAAGCUACCGAUGUCAGAGAUGCCAUGGCCAAAGCUUUAUAUGGACGUCUCUUCGGUUGGAUAGUCAAUUGCAUUAACAGUUUAUUGAAGCAUGACACAUCACCAAGUGGGAACAGCGAUGAGCUGAGCAUCGGCAUUCUUGAUAUAUUUGGCUUUGAAAAUUUCAAAAAAAAUUCCUUUGAGCAGCUGUGCAUUAACAUUGCAAAUGAACAAAUUCAGUAUUAUUUUAACCAACACGUGUUCGCAUGGGAACAGAAUGAAUAUCUAAGUGAAGAUGUUGAUGCUAGAGUUAUUGAAUAUGAAGAUAACCGCCCCCUCUUAGAUAUGUUUCUGCAGAAGCCAAUGGGUUUACUAUCCCUACUCGAUGAAGAAAGUAGAUUUCCCAAGGCCACUGACCAGACUCUUAUAGAAAAAUUUGAAGGUAACCUAAAAUCACAGUACUUCUGGAGACCCAAAAGAAUGGAACUUAGUUUUGGAAUUUACCAUUAUGCAGGAAAGGUCCUCUACAAUGCAAGUGGGUUCUUGGCUAAAAACAGAGACACUCUCCCAACUGAUAUCGUGCUGCUUUUGAGAUCAUCAGAAAACGGUGUGAUUCGGCAACUGGUCAGCCAACCUCUGACCAAAACAGGUCACCUGCCACUAUCCAAAACUAAAACUGUAACAAACUAUGAAAUGAAGACUUCAGAAAAAUCAAUUAACUUGACAAAGGGUGAAACUGGAGAAGCCAUCCGUCAUGCCCUGGAAACAACCAAUAUGAAGACACAAACAGUGGCAUCGUAUUUUAGAUACUCCCUGAUGGAUCUGUUAUCUAAAAUGGUGGUGGGCCAGCCUCAUUUUGUCCGCUGCAUCAAACCAAAUAAUGAGCGUCAGGCAAGAAAGUAUGACAAAGAGAAGGUCCUGCUGCAGCUUCGCUCUACGGGAAUUCUGGAAACAGCAAGAAUUCGAAGGCUGGGAUACUCACAUCGGAUACUUUUUGCUAACUUUAUAAAACGGUACUCCGUGCUCUGCUACAAGUCGAGAGAGGAGCCCCCAGUGAGCCCGGACUCCUGUGCUGCCAUUCUGGAAAAAGCCGGUCUUGACAACUGGGCUCUCGGAAAAACAAAAGUGUUCCUUAAGUAUUACCAUGUGGAACAGUUAAAUCUAUUGCGAAAGGAAGCCAUUGACAAGCUUAUCUUGAUUCAAGCCUGUGUCAGAGCAUUCUUGGGUUCAAGAAGAUACAAAAAUAUCCAGCAGAAGAGGAAAGAAAGUGCUAUUAUAAUACAGUCAGCUGCAAGAGGACAUCUAGUCAGGAAACAAAGAAAAGAAAUUAACAUGAAAAACGCAACCAUAGUAACCCUUCAGACUCAUGAUAAGGAAUUUGCCUACAAGAAAAACUUUGAAAAUAAAAGGGACUCUUUUGUGAAGAAACAAACAGAAAAUGUGGUGUCUACUAAUGAACCAGUAAUUCCAGCUCCAAAUAAUAAAGGGAGUCUAUGUAUAGGGCAGACUUCUGCCUGUAGAACAGAAGGAGAAACCACUAAAGCUGUGGAGCGUAACCACAGAGGAUGUCACUCUCAGGAAAAGGUGAAUAGCAGGUGUGGAGAAGAGGUUAAUCAAGAACUGUAUCCUGUGGGGGGCUCCUGGGCAGAUGCAAGCUCCAAGCAGAAGUACAUCAAAGACCUGGAAGAGAACAGUAAUCUAAGGACAGCGGAGAAAGAGGACACUGAGGGGCCGCAUUGCUAUCAGAGGGAUGUAGAGGAAAGGCGAUUGGAAGAACCCAGAGCAGCAUGUCCAGAGAGGAAGAGCACACUGGAAAGGCCAAGCUACCCAGGGCUUUGGUCAGCUGGAAAUGAGACUUCUUUGAAAAAAAGUUUGAAACCCACUCUUAGCCAAAGCUCAGUUGCUCAAAAUACAAGUAGCAAGGGAAAAGAAAAGAAGACAUCUGCGGAUACCCAGAAUGCAUCCAUAUGCAGCCAGAAGAGAGGCCACACGAGACACGUGGACCCAGUGCUGUCAGCCCAGGGGGAGGAACACAAAGCUGCAGUGUUCAUCCAGAGCAAAUACCGUGCUUUGAAGCAGAGGCCGCAGUUGAGGGAGGAUCAACAGUCUCCUUCCUUUAAGGGUCAAAGGGCUCUUGCGACACCAGCAGAGGUAACAAAAAAUACUCACGGUGUGUAUUCCUGUCCCACAAAACAUGCUGGAAUCUGUAAUAGCAAGGUGAAGGAUGGCAGUGAUUCAAAAGCAACUUCAGAAAAAGAAGUGUGUGAUUUGGCAGUUUUUUCAAAGCAGAUAUCAAAGUUAUCUGAAGAAUAUUUCAUUCUGCAGAAAAGAUUGAAUGAAAUGAUUCUGUCACAGCAGCUGAAGCCACUUUAUCUGGGUGUCUGUCCCCACAAGCCAAUCAAUAGACGGGUUUUCUCUCCACAGCGCUUCUCAGGUAUCUCCAAAGGAGAGGAGCCAAAGCUUCUGAGACCCCCGAGAAGACCCUGGAAACCCAAAACAUUAAAUAACCCUGAAGAUUCCACAUACUAUUACCUCCUCCACAAGUCAAUCCAGGAAGAAAAACGAAGACCAAGGAAAGACAGUCAGGGAAAAUUGUUAGAUUUGGAAGAUUUCUAUUACAAGGAGUUUUUGCCCAGUCACUCUGGACAGAAGGACCACGCCCCUAGUUGGAGAGAACAAAGCCCAGGGCGGGAGCUCCGGAAUCAGAACUUCAAAGCUGACGAAAGGUGCGCGGGAGCCCAGAGCCCCGAGGAGGAGGCCUGCGAGCCGGCGGCCAGCCCCUACGACUACCGGAGGCUCCUGCGCAAAACCUCCCGACGCCGGCGCCUGGUCCAGCAGCUGCCGCCCAGCCCCUGAGCAGCCACCGCCCGGAUCCCCGUAGCCUGCGGGGCCACGGCCACCAGAGCGGUGGAGCUGACCUUCGCUGGCUGCCCAAGCACUGCUCCCUCCAGGCCGGGCCAUAGAGGGCCUGGAGCGCUCAGAGCCCUUGGGGGCUCCGGGCCCCGCCCUGGGGCUCCGUUCUCUCCUCUCACCAGCCCCAGUGAGGGCAGCUUUGCCCCAGGCUCCCUAGGGCGUCUCUUUGUUCAUUUGUUUGCAACCGCUGUGGAGGACCCACCUGCACCUAAGCUGUCGCCCGCCCCUCUUGUCUCCUGGGUGACUUCAGAGACACCUUCCCUCUUCAGACAGCUUUCUCAGAGCUAGGACGGGCACUCAAGGCUGGGCUGAGUGCUAGAGCAGAGCCCGGGAGAGGCGGGGGGCGCUGAAGACGAGGUUCCUCUCAGACUCGAGCUUCCCUUUCCUUGCUUGUUAAGACUGCUAAAUAAAGGCAGCGCCUGGACAGUGUGGCUUGCACCCUGGCCAGCAUUUUCCCUUCGAGGCUGGGCUUGGGGACACAGCCGUGGGAGGGGCAGGGAGGGGGCCGAGGGCCUGCUGCUCCACCAGCACCCCC